CCUCUUCCUCUCUUAUUGCCACUGAGUUGCGCUUCUCCUCAGGCUGCAGGGAGGAGCCGCCCGGCGCGAGAAGCAGCCCGGCGCUUCACACUUCCCUGCGAUCCCAGUCCUCCGCCUGGAUGCCAGUCAGAGCCGCUAACCCGCCAGGCAGCAACGUCCCAUUUGCAGGUGCCCGGCCGUAGCCAGCCGUGGUGCCCUGCACUCUCCCCCUACACAGCAGAUCCCCCUCCUCCCGGACCCCUCCCGAGGAGAAAUCUUCCGGGAGCUCCAGAAGCCUCCAGGAUUUGUUGCUGUUGUUGUCAGUUGGCUUUCUAGACUCUUUGGAAAUGGCAGGGGCAGCGACGCCUGGGAAAGGAGCGACUGUGGGAAAAGGGAGAGGAAACCAGAGCUAAAUGACAGGAUGCAGGCGACUUGAGACACAUACACAAAAAGAAGCGUCUCUGCCACCCGGGACUCAGCUGCUGCUGCGGACCGAGCCUUCUGCUCCCCUCUCCUGCCGGAGGAUUUAAGAGCUGAGAGGAGUUGUGUGCUGUGAGGAGUGAGGAGUUUUUUCCCCUCUCUCUCCUUCUACAAUCAGAAAGGAAGAUGGAUUGGGGACUUCUUUUGCAAUAUGCAGCCCUCACCUUCACCCUAGCCAGGGCUUUAAGGAGCGAUAAAUGUGGUGAUACUAUAAAGAUUGAAAAUCCUGGAUACCUUACUUCUCCUGGCUAUCCUAAUUCCUAUCAUCCAAGCCAAAAAUGUGAAUGGCUGAUUCAGGCUCCUGAACCAUACCAGAGAAUUAUGAUCAACUUCAACCCUCACUUUGAUUUGGAGGACAGAGACUGCAAGUAUGAUUACGUUGAAGUGAUUGAUGGAGAUAAUGCAAAUGGGCGUGUAUGGGGAAAGUACUGUGGAAAAAUUGCUCCUGCUCCUCUGGUGUCUUCAGGACCAUUUCUCCUUAUUAAAUUUGUUUCUGAUUAUGAAACUCAUGGAGCAGGAUUUUCCAUUCGCUAUGAAGUUUACAAAAGAGGCCCUGAAUGUUCCAGAAAUUUCACUUCACCAAGUGGAGUGAUAAAAUCUCCAGGAUUCCCUGAAAAAUAUCCAAAUAGCCUUGAAUGCACAUACAUUGUCUUUGCACCAAAGAUGUCAGAGAUUAUUCUGGAAUUUGAAAGCUUUGAACUAGAACCUGAUUCAAAUCCUCCAGGAGGAGCGUUCUGUCGAUAUGACCGACUGGAAAUCUGGGAUGGAUUCCCUGAGGUUGGCCCCCAUAUAGGGCGGUAUUGUGGACAAAAUACACCAGGCCGAGUGCGCUCUUCCACUGGCAUCCUUUCAAUGGUUUUUUAUACCGACAGUGCAAUAGCAAAAGAGGGAUUCUCAGCAAACUACAGCAUCUUACAGAGCAGUUUCUCAGAAGAUUUCCAGUGUAUGGAACCACUUGGUAUGGAAUCAGGAGAAAUUCACUCUGACCAAAUCACAGUCUCCUCCCAAUAUAGCACCAACUGGUCUUCAGAAAGGUCCCGUUUAAAUUAUGCUGAAAAUGGAUGGACCCCUGGAGAAGAUACCGGUAGGGAAUGGAUACAGGUAGACCUAGGCCUUCUCCGAUUUGUCUCUGGCAUUGGGACCCAAGGAGCCAUCUCAAAGGAAACUAAGAAAAAGUAUUAUGUGAAAUCAUACCGAGUAGAUAUCAGCUCCAAUGGAGAAGACUGGAUUACAGUUAAAGAGGGAAAUAAAGCUUUGGUAUUUCAAGGGAACGUCAACCCCACUGAUGUUGUUUAUAGGACUUUUCCCAAGCCAGUGUUAGCACGAUUUGUUCGAAUCAGACCUGCAAGCUGGGAAAAUGGUAUAUCACUGAGAUUUGAAGUUUAUGGCUGCAAGAUAACAGAUUAUCCAUGCUCUGGGAUGCUAGGUAUGGUGUCUGGACUCAUUACUGACUCUCAGAUUACAGCAUCUAGUCAAGUUGAUCGAAACUGGAUACCAGAAAAUGCUCGUCUUAUAACAAGCCGCUCAGGCUGGGCACUACCACCAACUACCCACUCAUAUACGAAGGAAUGGCUUCAGGUAGACCUCAGUGAAGAGAAAGUAGUGCGGGGCAUAAUUGUUCAGGGAGGCAAGCACCGAGAAAACAAAGUGUUCAUGAAAAAAUUCAAGAUUGGCUAUAGCAACAAUGGAUCUGAUUGGAAAAUGAUCAUGGAUGCCAGUAAGAAGAAGAUAAAGACUUUUGAAGGCAACACCAACUAUGAUACACCAGAGCUACGGACUUUUGAACCUAUAACAACCAGAUUUGUUCGCGUCUAUCCUGAGAGAGCCACACAUGGAGGACUGGGACUGAGAAUGGAACUACUGGGCUGUGAAUUUGAAGCACCUACAUCAGUCCCUACCACUACAGAGGGCAAUCCUGUGGAUGAGUGUGAUGAUGACCAGGCAAACUGUCACAGCGGAACAGGUGAUGACUACCAACUGACAGGUGGUACUACAGUGCUGACUACAGAAAAGCCGACAGUAAUAGACAGUACAUUACAGCCAGGGUUGCCAGCAUAUGGUUUCAACUGUGGAUUUGGCUGGGGAUCCCACAAAACUUUGUGCCACUGGGAACACGACAGCCAAGUGGAUUUAAAGUGGUCAGUUCUGACUAGCAAAACCGGGCCUAUUCAAGACCAUUCAGGCGAUGGCAAUUUCAUUUACUCACAAGCUGACGAAAACCAGAAAGGCAAGGUUGCACGGCUGCUAAGCCCUCUGAUUUACUCUCAGAACUCUGCACACUGCAUGACUUUCUGGUAUCAUAUGUCUGGGCCCCAUGUUGGCACCCUGAAGAUCAAAUUGAGAUACCAAAAGCCAGAUGAAUAUGAUCAGGUUCUGUGGACACUGAGUGGACAUCAAGGGAACUGCUGGAAAGAAGGACGCGUCCUUCUUCACAAGUCUGUGAAACAUUAUCAGGUUGUUGUCGAGGGAGAAAUUGGAAAAGGACAUGGAGGAAUUGCUGUAGAUGACAUUGAUAUUGACAACCGUAUAGCACAAGAGAAUUGCCAAAAAUCAACUGAUGUGGAGAAUGAAAUAGAUGAAGAAGACUCAGAAAUUAAUCAAACAGGGUUUACUCCUCAGAAUCCUGAGAAUGAAGACCACUACAAUGAUAAUGUCGCCAGGAAGCAAGGCAAUGUGCUGAAGACCCUAGAUCCCAUUCUUAUUACUAUUAUAGCCAUGAGUGCAUUAGGGGUACUUUUAGGAGCCAUCUGCGGAGUGGUCUUAUAUUGUGCUUGUUGGCACAAUGGAAUGUCAGACAGAAACUUAUCUGCACUGGAGAAUUACAAUUUUGAACUUGUGGAUGGUGUAAAAUUAAAAAAAGAUAAACUAAACACACAGAAUUCUUAUUCGGAAGCAUGAAAGUAAAAAGUGACUUAAGAAGUUUCAAGAGAAUUGGAAUGGAAGGACAUAUCUUGAUUGUGCUGGGGAACUGUCUAUCUUCUUUUACUGUAUAGGCUGAAAAGUGCGUUGACGCUGAGCCAAGCUUUUCUCAGGAGCUUCAAUGAGUGUAACUGAUAAACAUGGACAAUAAUCUGUGUUAAUCUGAAUCAUGUACAGUCUGCUUUUCCUGUUGGUUUUAUUUGGAAUAAUCAAAUGCUGGUGUUGAGACCAAGUAUGAUUGACUUAUAGUUCAUUUUGUCUUUCUUUUUUUCC